AUGCAGUCAACAACAUCAUCAAGUAAUGCAGAUGGCAUUGGUUAUUCUACAAAUAUUGGUAUUAUGGAUGAUGAACGAGUAAUUUUCGAAGCAUCAUCGGGACCAAGACGGGAAGAUGUACAACAUACAUAUGGCGAUACUCUCAAGAAUAUGGAAGCAUUAACCUCGAUCAUCUUGCUCAAGGCUUACAAGUUAUCAAAUGCACGCUUCUCAACUCUUACCCGUUACAAAUCGAUAUGUAUUCAUUCAAUCAAACGAACUCUGACCUUGUCUAUAAUGAGCAUCACCAACGAUAAAAAAUUUGUUUUUGAAGAACAACGACGCGCUACUGUCCCUGUUGGAUAUCAAGAACGAUAUUAUUGGUAUGAGAUCCUGGAACUUAUCACACGUUUACAGGUUGGUAUUGGAUUAUAA